UCGGCCUCGCCCCAGCCACACCCCUCUAACCAGGGACUGCCGGGCGAGCUGGCGCCGCUGCCGCUGGCCGCCAUGCCGCACGUGACCGCCCAGCACCCGGCCAUCUCGCAUAUGGUGGCCGGCGGCGCGGCGCCGCUCUACCAGCAGCAGGCCGGCUACCCGUUCCCCAACAUGUUCGUCAACAGCAUGCCGCCCGGCGUGAACAUGAUGUACCCGAUGCCGGGCGGCUACCCGCUGCAGCCGCCGGCCGGCUACGGGCCCGAGCCGGUGAGCGGCGGCGACCAGGAGCGGCGGCGCUCCGGCAAGAAGGCGGACAAGAUGGCCGCCAUCGCCGGCCACUACUCGCCCUACCACAUCACCACGAGUGCCGCUACGGGACAUCCGCUCGUCAUGCCGUUCCCGAACGGUCCGUAUGGCCAGGUGGUGCCGCUGCCCUACCACCCGUACCCCUACGCGUACCCCAGCCCGGAGAUGAUGAUGGCCGCCAUGCAGCCACCGCCACCGCAGUCGCCGCAGCAGCCGCUGCCGCCGCCACCGCAGCAUUCCCAGCAAUCGCCGCCGCCGCCGGGGCCGCGCUCCUGGGCCAGCCUGUUCCAGACGAAGGCGGGCGACGCACCCGUGCCGCCACCGGCCGCCGCGCCGCCAAAACCGGCGCCGGCGCCGCCGACCAGCGCCGCUGAUACCGGCCUGCUGUCCAUUGGAGCGGUCCUGUCUCGCUUCGAGCUGAGCUACAAGAACGUCUACCUGCAGCCGCGCGGCCUCACCAACAAGUCCAACUGGUGCUACAUCAACGCCACGCUGCAGGCGCUGGCCAGCUGCACGCCGUUCUACCACCUGAUGAAGUCGCUGCCCUCCAACAUCGGCCUGCAGGCGGACAACAGCCGCACGCCCAUCAUCGACGCUGUGGUGGAGUUCAUGAACGAGUUCUCGUCGCUGCCGGAGCUGCAACGCGUGAAGCGGCGCGAGCGCGAGCGCGGCCACCUGCGUGACAUGGCCGUUGGGCCGCCAUUCGAGCCCUCCUACGUGUACGCCAUGCUGUCGCGUGUCAGCUCCGACGCCUUCCGCGUGGCCGGCCGCCAGGAGGACGCCGAGGAGUUCCUCACCUGCCUGCUCAGCGGUCUGCAGGACGAGAUGACCGAGGUCCUCAAGGUGUACAAGAAGAGCCAGGAGGAGGUUGAGCCGGCCGUCAACGGCUCCACCAACGGCGACGCUGACCACCAGCCGGACCAGGACGACGGCGACAGCGACGACUGGCAGACGAUCAUCGGCAAGAACCGCGGCCAGGUGACGCGCUCCGCGGAGCUGCAGACCACGCCCGUCAGCAGCGUCUUCUCCGGCCAGCUGCGCUCGUCGCUGCACCGUCAUGGCACCAAGGCCACCGCCACCGUCCAGUCCUUCUUCAGCCUGCAGCUGGACAUACAGUCGCCGCAGGUGUCCAGCGUGGAGCAGGCGCUGGAGGCGCUGGUCGGCCGGGACCAGGUGGUGGGCCUGACGUGCCCUCAGUCGGGCCAGCCGGUGGACGCGUGGCAGCAGGCGGCGCUCGAGGUCACGCCGCCCAUUCUCAUCCUCCACCUGAAGCGCUUCCUCUACGACCCGGCCAACGACGGCGUGCAGAAGCUGCUGAAGCGCGUCACCUUCCCCGUCGACCUGGAGCUGAAGAAGGAGCUGCUGUCCAACGUGCGCGGCAAGAUGGCGCCCGGUCCCAAGCGCUACCGCCUGUUCGCCGUCAUCUACCACAGCGGCAAGGAGUCGACCAAGGGCCACUACAUCACCGACGCCUAUCACCCGGCCUACCAGCAGUGGGUGCGCUACGACGACAGCUUGGUGUCGGCGGUGGCCGAGGCGGCCGUGCUGCGGCCGGAGCCGCCGCUCGUGCCCUACAUCCUCUUCUACCGCCGGCUGGACACAGUCGCCGCCCACAACGGCAAGUGAGCCGCCCCGCCAGGCCGGCAACCAGGCUUUCAGCGUGCGCGCGGCCGCCGGCCAACCGCGCUAGAUUGUGAAUAUUCGUGCUGUGAGCGGUCUGCCGCGCCCGUACGGUGCGCAUGCGCCGUGACCUGGCCGCCGGCGGGUCGGGCGCGACCGGCAGCGGCGGCGGCGGCGGCGGCGGUGACAGCCCGCUCCGGUGCCAAAUGCGUGGCCGCCGCUCGGCGACUCGCGUCCGUUUUUAUCGUGAGCGUGUGUUUUAACGUCCGGGGUUGGGUGCUGUGUCGGCGCGGCGCCCGGCCCGGCGCCGAGGGCGCGGCGCCCGCGCGCGCUCCGUGUGGCCUUACGCGCUGGAGUCCCCAGCUGCGACCCGUUCCGCCGCGUUGAUCGUGUUAAGAGCAAUUGCCCGGCCGGCUGGGAUCCGGCGUCGUGUGUUGAUUUGCCGUUGUAGAGGUGGCCGGGCCGCCCGAUGUCUGUCGCCCCGUCGUUUCGCGUGCGCCUCACUCCGCGCGCUGGGCCCCACUGACUGCACGCGGCCGCUAGUUUUACCCGUCAUUGCUGACUUGAAUUGCUGACCGCGCUCCUGCGUGGCGUUGGCAUCGGCCGUGUAUUUUAAAGAGCACGCGGUCACAACAGGCGGCCGAAUAUGCAACCAUCCGCGCCACAAUUGUGACUUGGUUUUCUCUGUUGCGUGUAGGCCGGCUGCAGUGUGUGAUUAUUCAGCUGGCGCGUGCUCAGAUGUGUUUUGUUUGAGGUCAUGCGGGCGCGGGUGCUGUACUCUGUCCGAGUUUCUUGAGGAGCGAGCCGACUGAAAUGAUUGGGUUGUGUUGUUUUUAAUAAAACUUGCGGCCCACAGAAGGGGACCUGUGGGCUGGAGCAUGUCAGGGAUGAGCUGA